AGUUUCGCAGCUGAUUGAGAAAAAGAGAACAAACAAACAAUGAGCCACUAUAAAGCUAUAGAAAUUCCAGAUUCCGAGGAGGAAUCGUCGAGCGAAGUUGACGAGACAAUGGGCCCGAAACGGUGCGAGACACCACCUAGAAACGCCGGCGCAAAAGCUAAGAUAAACCAUGAACUCACCCCUAAAACAGCCAAGGUCGCCCGAACGGAACAAGAUGCUUCAGCCGGCAGUACAAAAAUCUCAAAUUUGCUUGCCGUUUCGGCGUCACCAUCCUCUUCGGAUAAGACGAACACAUCGCCCAGCUCAACGGCAGACGCAUCCACUAAGCCUGGACGACACAGGGCAAGGAAGAGUCAGCAUGGAUCGCGUCGCAUAAGUUCUGACCUCCAGUUCGAGUCGGUUUCUCUGGAAGGCGGCAAAGGUGAUGAGGCCAAGGGCUCUAAGCAAUCGAAACUGGAAAAGGCCUCCGCGGAUACGCAGCUUGAUGUUAACGCCGCCAUUGAAAAUUUAAUGAAAACCAAGGAGAUGCAGGAGCUUGUCAAGCAGAUUGCCAACGAGCGGGUUCGCUGCAACUUCCUUCUGGCCACCUACCACUUGCCGGACAUGAACUUCGCGCUUAACACGCCUAUUGAUACGCUUCGCGGUCAGUUCCGGGAACGCCUUAAGCAGCGAAGGGAUCGAAACAACGCCACUUCAUCCUCCAAAGGUGUCGUGAAACCAAAGCAAUCACAGCCUUAAGUAAUCCAGUAUGUAUAGGUGUUAGUCCUUUGUUUUCAAAAAUAGACUUGAUUAUUUUAAGACACUAUCUUAAUUCAUUAAAUAAAAUUACAAAUAGUUUUUAAAAACAAUUUUUAAACUCUACAUAAUAUGAAAGGAAACAAAACUCACUUUGAGCGACUAGAACGUAGGUAAACAUUGUGAAACAACCAAUAAAAAUAUAUUUUGUGUUACUAACAAAAGACAGUACAAGCUCAA